AUGGCCUCAGCACCUGCGGACACUGUCCUGAAUGAAAAGCAUCCUGAGGUUCAAGUCCAGGCAACCAAUCCAUCAGGCGAUGCAGCACUAGAACUCGUCGGCCAAGGCCGAAGCGAGGGCCCACUGGACCCUGAGGCGUCGGCACGUCUGGUCCGCAAGAUCGAUCUGUACGUGAUGCCGUUGAUCUGCGUCGUGUAUUUCCUUCAGUAUCUUGAUAAGAUCGCCGUGUCCUACGCCAGCGUGACCGGUCUGCGUGAGUCGACCAACUUACACGGUAACCAGUUCAACUGGGUAUCGAGUAUUUUCUUCUUCGGACAGCUCGCCCUGCAGUUUCCGACCAUGCGACUCAUCCAGGCCUUCCCCCUGGCGCGAUAUGUCGCUUUCAACGUCACCGUCUGGGGUACCAUCCUCGCCUGCAUGGCCGCCUGCAAGUCGUUUGCGUCGCUGAUGGUGUGUCGUGCGUUGCUGGGGGCCGCAGAGGCGGCCGUCGUGCCGGCCUGGGUGGUCUUCACCUCGCAAUGGUAUCGAAAAGAAGAACAGGCAUUCCGCGUCGGCAUCUGGUUCGGAACAUGUGGCCUGGCUCAGAUGCUCGGCGGGUACGUUGCCUACGGCGUGGCGAUCCAUAUUGGAAACGACCCAUCCGCGUCUCUGCGCGGAUGGCAGGUUAUUUUCUUAAUCCUGGGUCUGUUCACCGUCAUUGUUGGCAUUCUCUUCUUCUUCAUCUUGCCAGAUUCCCCUGUCACGGCGGGCUUCCUCUCUCCUGAAGAGAAAGCCAUGCAUGCAGAGCGUCUUCGCAGCAAUGAGCAGGGAAUCGGCAGCAGCGUUUUCAAAAAGGAACAGGUCUACGAGGCGCUCCGGGAUCCGCAGACUUGGCUGUAUUCGUUCUGGGUGUUUGCUGCCAAUAUUCCCAAUUCUAUCGCCACUAGCUUCGGAAAUAUCCUCGUCACUGGUAUGGGAUACUCGAAGACGGACAGCCUGUUGUUGGUUACGCCGCUGGGCGCUUACGAAGUCGUCGUACUUGUUGGUCUGACCUAUCUGGCUACGAAGACCCAGCAGCGUCUCUUAUGGUGCAUCCUUGGUCAUAUCCCCUCCAUCGUGGGUGCAAUUUUAAUGGCCACGACAGAUAAGGCCCCCGCCCUGGUUGGAUACUAUCUGUCCGGUGGUAUUCCCAUCGGAUGGACGACGAUUCUCGGCCUGACCAGUACGAAUGUAGCGGGCUCCACGAAGAAAAUCACCGUGUCUUGUAUACAAACGGUGGCGUAUACCGUUGGUAAUAUCAUUUCGCCGCAGACUUUUCAGGCCAAGGACGCGCCAGAGUACCUCCCGGCAAAAAUUUCCAUUGUCAUUUUGUACUUUCUCGUCACCGUUGACCUGUGCAUUAUUCGCUGGAUGUUUGUGCGCGAGAACCGAAAGCGAGAUCAGGAGAAAGCGGCUCUUGGGGAUGCAUAUGUUGUGCAGCAGAAUCAUGAAUUCUUGGAUUUGACGGAUCGAGAGAAUCGGGAAUUCCGGUAUGCUAUUUGA